UUUGUGUGAGUCAUGCUUUUGCUGUGAGCGAGUUGGCAGCUCUAAGCAGGACUGGGAUCUCUGUCUUAGAAAACUGUUACUUCACCCAACCUUAACGGGGAACCAUAAGAAAUUUCUUAAAAAAAAAUUUUUUUUGGUUCUUCCUUAUACUGUUAUCUUUUUUACCCCAAAGUCUUGUUAUCUCUCUAUGUUGUUAUGAAUUGCUUGGUAUGUUAGCACAGGCAUCUCCUGUGUUGGCAUCAGAUUUGCCAGAACAUAUGCAGGAAACCAGAUAGGAGGGCAUGCUUCAACGUACCAAGUACAACCGCUUCAGGAAUGAUUCGGUGACAUCAGUUGAUGAUCUUAUUCACAAUUUGUCCAUGAACAGCAAGGUCUCAACAGUUGCUACGACUUCAACAACCUCUUCGUACCUUGUCUCGCCAGAAGUUCUCCGCAAAGACCAAGAAGAUGGACCCACCACUCUGUGCACCUUCAUCCAUAAAGUGUCCCACUUGAAACUCUCGCACACAGGCACCCUUCUGGGUAUCAAAAACCUCUCUUCUGCAGUAAAGGAGCUUGCUGUCUCCAAGUUGCAGGGAAGCUCGAGUGCUUGUAGCUCAGCAGCAGGGACUUCAGACAACACAUGUAACCUUGUCUCUGCCACUUCGUGUUCUCAGCAGGACAUGAGCAAGAUGAGUUUGGGGAAAAAGACACGGUCAGAGGAGUUGCACCCAGGAGGUGAAGACUGGAAUCAAAGUAGCAGCUUUCUCAAUAAACCCUUUCGAGGAUGGCUGCACCCGAGUGAGAAGAUCUUGGGACCUGGUGUGACGUACAUUGUGAAGUACUUGGGGUGUAUAGAAGUCUUACGCUCAAUGAAAUCUCUUGACUUCAAUACUAGAACACAGAUUGCAAGGGAAGCAAUCAUUCGUGUUUGUGAAGCCGUGCCUGGUGCCAAAGGAGCCUUCAAGAGACGAAAGCAACCAAGCAAAGUUCUUUCUAGCAUCUUGGGAAAGAGCAAUCUUCAAUUUGCAGGAAUGAGCAUAAUGCUGAAUAUCUCCACCACCAGCUUAAACCUAAUGACUCCGGAUACAAAACAGAUCAUAGCAAAUCACCAUAUGCAAUCUAUUUCCUUUGCGUCUGGAGGUGAUCUGGAUACAACUGACUAUGUUGCAUAUGUAGCUAAGGAUCCUGUUAAUCGGAGAGCUUGUCAUAUACUGGAAUGCUGUGAUGGCCUGGGCCAGGAUGUCAUCUGCACCAUAGGGCAAGCGUUUGAGCUUCGAUUUAAGCAAUACUUGCGAUGCCCAUCUAAGAUACCUGCUUUUCAUGAUAGGGUGCAGAGUUUUGAUGAGCCAUGGGUGGAGGAAGAUCACCAGACAACAGAACAUCCCUAUUACAACAACAUCCCAAAUAAAAUGCCCCCCCUUGGUGGCUUCGUUGAUGCCAGGCUCAAAGCAAGACUUCCCGCUGCUGCAGAUACAGCUCAGUCUGGAACAGGAGUGGGAGGAGAGCAAACCUAUUACCAGAGUCGUCACUUAGGAGAGAAAUUUGGUGAAGACUGGCAUCAGGGGCCUGUUAGGCAAGGAUCUCUGGAUAUUUGUAGUAUGCCGGAAGAGGAAUCACAAGUAACCCCAACAGCACAGAUGCCAACAUACGUAAACACCCAGAAUAUAAAUACAGAGGAUCUGUUGGCACUUCAGGCAGAUGCUGAAAAUAUCUUCAGUGGAACAGCAGAUGAUACCAAAGAGAGCAGCAGCCCAGGAAAAGAUCUGUUUGACAUGAAACCAUUUGAAGAUGCCCUCAAGAACCAAACGUCUGAGGCUACAUUGAGUAAAUCCACCUCCGCUGGAUGCACCAGUCCUCUUUUAUCCAGAGAAGCUGAAUGCACUGUAGCCAAAGACCUGAGUACAGAGCCGUGGUAUCAGGGAGAGAUGAGCAGGAAAGAAGCAGAACAGAUGUUAAAAAAAUGUGGAGACUUCCUCGUGAGGAAGAGUACCACGAAUCCCGGCACCUAUGUGCUGACAGGCAUGCAGAAUGGACAAAUCAAGCAUCUUCUUUUGGUGGACCCAGAAGGAACUGUUCGUACAAAAGAUCUUGUCUUUGACAGCAUAAGCCAUCUCAUCAAUCAUCAUCUCGAGAAUAAGUUGCCAAUAGUUUCUUCUGGGAGUGAACUCUGCCUGCAGCAGCCUGCUGAGAGGAAACACUGACUCCAGAUAACUAUUUUAGUUAUUGUAAUUUGAAAGCUAUAACUGGUGGAAAUUGCAGAUCUGAAAAAUACAUGUGCAUUAAAAAACCCCCAACGUAUUCACAUGUAUUUUACCAGUAUGUUUUUCUUUAGGUUUAAGAAGCCCCAUUUCACACAGUACACUUGAAAAUUCUCAAUGCUUUAUGUAGACAUGAAGUCACAGCAGAAGGCUUUCUUAAAAAGUAAUUUCGAUAAAAUUGUUCAGAUUCUCUAAUGUGAAUAUUGAUAGUGUAUAUAUACACAUUAUAUACAUAAAUACAGUAUAUAUUUAUAUUUUUCAAGUGAGUCUGUUGAUGGUAUAGAACUAUCUUCUGUGCCAUGUGUUUUUACUAGAAGAAAAAUGCCAAUUGUGAUUGUUCAGAUAAAAAUAGAAUUCUGCAGUCUUAAUUUCUUGAGAAAAUGAAUAUUAGGAAUCUUAUUUCUGAUUUUACCUAAGAAGCACAACUAUGAGGAUUACAGAUGGAUUAUGUUGGUUAACCAUGGAAGGAGUCUGAAUUCAGCAACUAGUAUUCCAACUCGGAAAUACAGCAUAAAAUGAUUUUGAAAAGCAUUAUUCAGUGUCACUGAUAUCAAAAGCAUUUCAUCUUUCUGAUGUCAACUUUGAAUUCUUAUACAAUGCUACUCAAAACAUUUGUAUCUUGCUUUAACAACGAUUUGCUGUGAUCUCUCUGUGUAUGAGGUUUGUGCAUUUGAUUUUUCUAAUGAUGAUAUAAUAAUAUUCUGUAACUUUAAUUUAUUAAUUUGAGUGCUAAGGUUAUUUAUAAGUAGUUCUCUGCUUAUGGUGAAGAUCUAGGUGUCCUUGACUACCAGUCUCCAAUGAGAUGUUACGUACCAGUUAGGCAAGUUCAAAUAACUUGUGUUUAAUACGUUUAAUGCAAGAUGUACAUGGUUGGUCAAAGACAUAUCUGACAAAUCUCUUCUUCUUAUAAACAGUGAAAACUAUCACGACUCAGUGGUCAGUUUUGCAAAUGAUGUCACUUGCAUUUACCUACCAAAGCAUAACUUGACUUUGGCAUUCAGCAAGUGACAGGUAUUGCAAAUACACUGCUUUUCUCUAAAUAUCAACUUGAAAAAUACACAUACAUUAACGAUGCAUUUCUGGCAGAAAUGUCCUUGGCUUUUGGUACUGGGAAAUGUUUUAAGGAAGAUUUGUACUAUACAAAUGCAAGCACUAUAUGAGGUUAUUUUUCUGUUUUAUAAAGGUUAUAAAGAGCCAAAUUCAAUAGACACAGUUCCUGUAAAGACAAAGUUUGUCCCGGAGUCAGGAUUUAGCUUUCAGCGUUCCAAGGUCUUCUCUAGCACCAGUUUCUCAAAUGAAAUCUUCAAACUUGACUCAUAACGGCCAAGACUCAGCAGGAUAAGUCUAGGUUAAGCACCUGCCUACCCCGAGGUAGACAAUAUUUAAAUCUACUUAAAAUUAGAUUUAGUUUUAAGAAUUUGUGAAGUUUAAAAAAUUGUCAAGUAACAACCAAACGUCCUGAAGGAUUCACUUAGAAUCCUUUCAGGUAGGAUCAUUAUAUUAAAAUUCUGAAGUAAUUUUCUUGUACCUUCUGCUUUGAAAUAUGGAGAAGUUGCAACUUGGGAAGUUUGGUUUUGAUUGGUCUCAAGUAUGAAAAUGAUUGAGAUACCUAAGACUAAUCAUGUGAUCUGUGCAAUAAAAAUACACUUGAUUCUGUAAUCAAGACAUUCAGAAGCCAAACUAAGACAUUAGUGAACCAAAUGCUUCUGAAUAAUUUUAUUGCAUGUAGUUAUUAGUUGAUAUUUCUAGGUCUGGGUGGGAGCUGAGAGCAAAGGAAAGAAAUUAAACGCUGCAUUGCAACCCAAAUUAGUAUGGCCUUGAGGUUAGCGGAAUUCUUAAAAUUUGGGUUGUCCUUUUACCAGGUUGGCAGUUGCAAGGGAAGGUGAGGAGAUACCAUACUGCAAAGCAGUAUCCACCAAAAUUACUUUAUUUAAGAGCAACCAUGUUUCACCAUAUUCCAAUUUGAAUUAUCUCAGUUGGCACCUUUUUUGUCAUAUAUAACACUUGUCAUUCCAUGCACCCACCUCCCUACACCCAUGUCCUUGAAAGUUUUUAGUGUGAUAUCGCUAACUAUAAGAGAAGGCCUCUUUUGUGCUUCGAAUGUUGUAUAUCACUUCAGUAAGACCUAGGUGCCUAACUCCCUUAGGUGCCUUCAAAAAUCCCACCUGCUGCCUAUGUGUGUUUUAGAUUCCUAAAUAUCCUGUCAGUGUAUGCCUGGAAAACUGUGACAAGAUACAGGUGUAUGAAUGAAGGCACUAAACAUACACUGAGAUAAGCAUCUAAUUUUUUUACCAUUGUCCUAGCUGUAGCUUUAACUUAGCAGCCACCUAGUUGCAUGGUUUGGAAAUUAAAGCAGGUGGCAAGGAGUCACAAAAUGAAACAGCUUUACAGAAAUACUGAAUUCCUCAGACUACAUUUCACAAACUCUGCCUCCAGCAAAAUGUGGCUAUUUUAAGCUGCUCUCUCAGUGCAGCCAAUUUGCCCAUUGAUGAUGCAAAGGUUGCACGUAGCUUGAUCUGAUGCAGUUUGGUCCUAGGUAGUGGUAGCGCCUUUGGGCUGUGACAGUGCCCUGCUGCUGCAAUGGGCCAGGAGAUCCUGUCUGGCCAGGUGUGAUGAUCCAGAGGCUUUUCUGAGUGACUGAGAACCAAAUGAUCUCAAAGUUGUCCAGAAGGAAGGGCACGUGGGCCAACCAAUGCUCCUUUUGUGGAUCCUGCCAUUGCUUUUUGUCACUGUCACUCUGGUAGAUUUAGCCAUUUGGGUGGCAGUUCCAAACCUGUUGUCGUUAGAGUCAAAGACCAUUUUACAGUGAGCUCAACAAGAGCGAAUUGAAUCUGCUGGAGAGGCGGGGCUUAUUUCUGUGAGGAGCCAACACUGCUAGCAAUUUAAGAGAUGCAGAAGUUAUGAGAUGGGCUCAAAUGCUGUGCGAUUGUCUGAAAACCAGACAGCUGACAGCAUAAUUUGAGCCUUUUAAUGUUUGCCUUUGGUUUUGAGUCUCUUCACCUUUUGUUUUUACUCUCUUUUGUACAAUCCCAAGGGCUAGACACUUGCUGGUGAUAAUUCAGUACCAUGACUUCAAGGACUGGGAUUUUACUGAAAGAACAUAUUUACUAGACUCAAUAGAAAUCACUGAGAUUAGACAAUAUUAUGGUAUCCUUUGAUAUUUUCCCAGGGGAUAGCUGAGAAGUCAGAACUGAAACCAAAUAUCCUGCAACAUUGUCUACAUUGAUUUUGAGUCCUAUCUGAUUAUCAGUUUUGAUUCCAGUUGUGUUGCAACUAUGUGAACUAUGAGAAAUGAAAACACUUUCAAUUCCUUUAAACAAAGUUCCUUGAACUUUCAAAAGUGAACCACAUGCUUCUGAUUCAUUUUAUUGCAGAUCUAGAGGAAUUAUUAGGAUAAGAAAAUUUUCCAGUGAGGCUAGCAAUGAUAGACCGGACAUUGAGGUACAGUCAUGUUCCCAUACUUCCAGUUAUUUCAGAUGCUGCAGAGGCAAUGAAACCUCAAAGGCAGAAAAUGUGAUUCGAAAACUGAAUUACCUUCUGACUUCAAUGGGAGUUUGCUCAGUGUGAGGACUCUCAGGUUCUCUUCUCUAUUGCAAGAAGAGGACAUUCAAAUUGACCAUGCCUGGGUGGAGACCGUAGGAGGAGAUGCAAUUUCCAUGGCUUACUGCCUGCCGCCCUGCCCGGGGCUUUGCACGCACGGUGAGGAUAGGUUAUAUACAAUAGCUUUCCUCCACUUCACAUCCUACAGCAUUCACAACGGGAGAUAACACCGAUUCUGCCAGAAUCCUCUCUGCUACACAUGUUCAAUACAAGCUUGAACAAAGGACAGGGUCCCGGGACCAGGAUUUGAAUGCAAAAUGUGCACUAUCACCGGAAGAAAACGUUUACUAAUAGUCUGGUAAAUGUCACCUGCCAGCACUGAUUUUUCUGUAUCCUGGGUUCAUUCUUUUUCUCCUCUGCAGAAUAAUAUGCUCACAUUUCUUAUCAUCAUGGCCCCCAGGCAUCAUGCUGUGCAGUAAGAUGAGGAGAAUUUAUAAAAUUUAUACCAUAGUGCAAUUGCUGCUGGCACAUCAAGUGUUAGAUGCCAGCUACAAUGUAUUCAUAAUAGAAUUGAUGCAUAUUUAGAUAUUUUUAAGUAGGAAAUGCUCCAUUUGAAAACUAGCAGAGUUUUGCAGCCUCCAAAAAAUUUACAGCUCUAAAGGGGAAAUUUGGAGCUUGUGAACGUUCUGACAACAGAUUACAAAUCCUGCUUUCAAGCCUUUGUUCUUAGCAUCCAAAGUCUAUCUGAAGUAAGUGGUAGAAGCAAGAAUUUAUAUUAAGUAAACCAUAUUUGCGUAAACAAAGUCUAAGCUGAAGUAACAGACACACUUCCCUUUUUAUCUUCCAGACAUUUUCAAAAUAUGUCUGCAUAAAAUCCAAAUUCAGAUUCACCUUAGCAUACUGUCAAAAAUAUGUUGAUGUGCAUGGUCUUUUUGCCCAAGCCGAGGGUUGCGCUCUCCACAAACCUAUGCUCGCUCAAAGCUGUCAGGAUAUGGGCAAAUUCCCACUGAAAAGUUCUGUGCUCGGCUGUACUUAACUCUGCUCACUCGCACGCAGUGUCAGGACCUUGCUCACAUCUGCGUUAGAUGCAGCUGGAACGAGGGCAGGCCCUGUGGAAAAGAUAACACGGACACACAACUUGCCUGCAGUUAACCAGAGGCUUGGAUAGGGAAUGAAGAGCUGUCUUGGGAGAGAAAACCCCAGGGAUAAGAAGUGUGAAAGACGCACCAACAGGCAUGUAAGCCACUAAUGAGAACAGAGAGCUGUUGCCAAGUUAUAAACACGCUAAUUGGUUGGUACGGUUAAAACAGAAUCUCUCGGGAGGGGAACGGCAAAAUGCUUCGGCAAUGCCUACGGCUCAUCUCCUUUUGAGACAGUUAUGUUCAUAAGCCCUGAUCUGUUCCUCUGCAUCCUCCAACAUAAGCAUCUUGUAUGGCUUCUGCUGAGAGAAAGCAGGACUUUUUUUUUCUUUGUCUCAGUAAGGGGGAUAAGAUUUCAGAGCUACACAUAUCUAGCAAAAGCACCAUGUAGGGGAAAAGCUAAAUAAAGAGUGUUUAAACCUUGUUUGACAACAGAACAGGCCGUGGAAACCAAAGGAAGAAAGAAGCUAAAGCUGGAUGACUCAUUCUACUACCCCACUUUGUGGGAGACAGCACGGAUGACUCAGAAAAGGAUGGUAGCUUCAGAUUUUGAGAUUAAGAUGCAGAUUUACAUUUUAUGUAGCUAUCAUGAAGGUCAAAUCACAUACAGGUCAAAUGACAGCUUUUUCCAGCAGUCCUCCUUUUUAUUCUGUGAGGCAAAACCCACCAAACACACCCAGGCAAAUAUUAAUUCAAAAUAAGGGAAACUUUUCAUUAAGUGAAGAAUGUAAAGUUUAUAAUUGGUAUAUAUUUGUGUCCUUUGUGGAUAGAAUGGUGUGAUAACUGCUUCUCAGUAAAGUCCUGCAGAGUUAAACCUUGAAAUAAGCCAGGCUUCUUCUUUUGAGGUAAAUGUUUUUCUUUGCGUUGUGUGGGCAGCAACAACAAAACAAAAAAGUGACUUUUUUGCUGUAAAAGGGAGUUUGACUGUAAAUUUGUUAUUUGUUAAUAUUUAUUACUUUUAGAAACAUUUUUACUGAGAAUUGCAGGAAAAAUAAUGUAUGUGGAAAUAUUGUGAUCAUUUAUAUUUCCAACGACUUUUGUGAAUCUCCAGUUUUUGCCUGUCCACUGAUUGUGGUAUUCUGGUUAUAAAGGCAAAUUUUGUCUCUGAGGAAGUCUUUGAGCAACAGAAUUUGGAAUAUAAGUGUCAUGCAACUGUUUUCUGAUUAUUCAGUUUGUAUAUGGUUAACCAAAGUAAUAAAAUAAUGAGCAUUACUAUCAAACCGA